AUGCUCGCCUCAAGCGCAACGACAGUAAUCCGCGCAGGCGCUAGCCGCUCGGCCGGCAGUCUCCAGCCGACUCUCCUCCGCAGCGCUGUAUGCCCUUACUCUGCGGGCCUAACCAUCUCCUCAUUCUCUCUAUCAAACAACCCCGCCAAGCAAGCGCAGACGACGAUCCACGCCCGACCUCUCUCUACCAAGCAGCCGACCUCUUCCUCCCUCAUCAUCAAGUACCGCGCCCAACCACCGAGUCGCAGUGCCUCCACCACCCGCCACCAUCACCCAGCCGAGCCAGCCACGCGUGACGCUGCAGCCGACGCCAGCGCGGCCGAUGCUGCCGCCAAGGCCCAAGCCGCCGCGCACCCCGAGCAAGUCACGCUCGACUGGAACACCUUCUUCCAGCUGCGCAAGGCGCGGCGGAGGUGGCAGUCCGCGUUCAGCGUGGUGGGGUCGCUCGCCAGCGGGUCGGGGGGUGCGCUGGUGCUGAGUAGCGGGAUGGCGGACAGCGUGGUGGGCCAGAUCCCGCUGGAUCCGCUGAUCACGCUGGGCUUGAUGACGAUGAGCUUCGCGGCGCUCGGGUGGCUGGUGGGGCCGAGCCUCGGCUCGGCCGUGUUCAACGCGCUCAAGAGCAAGUACAAGGGUCCGAUGGCGGUCAAGGAGAGCGAGUUCUUCGCGCGGAUCAAGAAGCAUCGGGUCGACCCGAGCGCGAGCUCGGUGCGGAAUCCUGUACCUGACUUCUACGGCGAGAAGAUCUCGAGUGUAGCUGGCUACCGGCAGUGGCUGAGGGACCAAAGGGCGUUCAACAAGAAAAGAACAGGGUCAUUUGUAUGA